AUAGGUUGGGGAUCAUGGUUACCUCUGGCUGACUUCUAGACCUACAUUGAAUGAAUAACUUGAUCCAGAGCCAUUAAAAUAUCAAUGUGUUUAGCCAUUAAUGUUCUGUUUUAUUCUCCAAGCAUAAAUGUGUACCAACGCAUCCACCUAUUAGUAAAAGCCACAUGUCCACUUGUCCAUUUAGCCCUGCUCUAAAUAUAUCCAACGGUUGAGGUUUCUGAUAGAGUAGGGACUGGGAGAAAAUUCUGCUGAAGAGUAUCCGCGCUUCCCAUUUAUCCAUAUAAUCUUUUUUUAUGAAUUUUUUAUAACAUUUUAUCUAUCUUUCACCAUCAUCAUAUCAACCGUUGCAGCCACAUUUUUCCCGUUAGACUCGCCUGUUCCUAUGAUUAAGCAAAAACAUAUAACAACAACAACUCAUUCUACCUUAACUUCUCUGGUUUAGUAUCCUCUGCAUCUUGUGUUUUAUUCUUUUUUCUUUUUCACCUUUCUGGUUCACAAUAAUGGAUCCACAACGUUCCUUGCACGUAGCAAUGUAUCCAUUCCUAGCCCUUGGUCACCAAACAGCAUUUCUCCAACUAUCUGACAAGUUAGCCGAAAGAGGCCACAGAACCACAUUCUUCACACCCAAAAAAGCACAAGCCAAGCUAGAGCCUUUCAAUCAUCACCCUCAUCUCAUCACUUUAUUCACCAUCACCCUUCCUCAUGUUGAAGGUUUACCUUCUAAUGCAGAAUCCACCUCAGAUGUGCCUUACCCUCUAAUACCUCACAUCAUGACGGCAAUGGAUCUAACUCAACCUGACAUAGAAACUCAUCUUAAUAACCUCAAACCUGACAUUGUGCUCUAUGAUUUCACCCACUGGAUGCCUACUUUGGCGCGACGUUUAGGCAUCAAGGCCGUCCAUUACUGCUCUGCGAGUUCUGCGAUGAUCAGUUACACUAUUGCGCCAACAAGGAAAGGAACAAACGUAACUGAAACUGACCUCAUGGAGCCUCCUCCAGGGUACCCUGAUUCAUCAAUCAAGCUUCAUUUACACGAGGCGCGAGCCUUUGCUGCGAAAAGAAGAGAAAUCUUUGGCAGCAAUGUUCUUUUCUAUGAUCGCCAUAACAAGGCCAUAAGUGAAGCUGAUGCCUUGGGAUACAGAACUUGCAGAGAAAUUGAAGGUCCUUAUCUUGAUUACAUUGAAAAGGAGUUCAAGAAACCUGUGCUCACUACAGGACCGGUUAUACCGGAGCCACCUAAUUCUGGUUUAGAUGAGAAAUGGGCUUCAUGGCUUGGAGGGUUCAAACCAGGUUCAGUGGUUUAUUGUUGUUUUGGAAGUGAAUGCAAUUUAAGACCAAAUCAAUUCCAGGAAUUGGUGCUUGGUCUUGAGAUCACUGGUUUUCCAUUCUUGGCAGCUUUGAAACCCCCUUUUGGGUUUGAGUCUGUUGAACAAGCACUUCCAGAGGGGUUUGAAAAGAGGGUUCAAGGAAGAGGGAUUGUUCAUGGUGGAUGGGUUCAGCAGCAAUUGAUUUUGGAACACCCUUCUCUGGGGUGCUUCAUUACCCAUUGUGGAUCAGGUUCUUUGUCAGAGGCUUUGGUGAAUAAUUGUCAGUUGGUGCUGUUACCAAAUGUUGGUGAUCAGAUUGUGAAUGCAAGGAUGAUGGCCAACAACUUGCAAGUUGGGGUGGAAGUGGAGAAAGGUGAAGAAGAUGGUUUGUACACCAAGGAAAGUGUGUGCAAAGCUGUGAGCAUUGUGAUGGAUGAUGAGAAUGAAACCAGCAAAAACGUUAGAGCUAAUCAUGCUAGGCUUAGAGAGAUGUUGGCUAACAAAGAUUUAGAGUCUUCUUAUAUUGACAAUUUCUGCAAGAAGCUUCAAGAGAUUGUUGAGGAUUAGAAGUUAGAACCCAAAUUUUUAGAGCAAUACAAGUUGUGUUUAAUGAUAACUAACUUGGUCUGAGUCCCUUUCAUUUGUCUCUUUUGAAUUUGUGUGGUGUCAUGUGAUACAUGAGGUACUUGAAUUGGAUUGGUUGUGAGAUGAUGUGGUCAUUACUCAUUAUUGAGUUCUUCAAGCUGGAGCCUGAAAUUCAAUUCAAGCAGUUCUCAUAUGUUUUAACUAGCAUAAGUCUCACAUUAUUAUCUGAACUAUUUGGACAAUUUUUUUU